AUGCUAGCGAAGAAGAAUUUCUGGGACACCUUCUGCACGCUCCCGAGGGAAAUUCACGAGCUGAUCUUUGCCCACCUCGACCUCGAGGACAUUACCUGCGUAGGUAUCGCCUCGCCGAACCUGUGGGACAUGACGCGGGAAAUAGUCAUGCGGUACUACUACUCGCUUUUCGGGAGCUGGGCUGGCGAUAAUAUCGUCUGUGCUCGCGAUGAGAUCCUCCCCGGCGACUACCCACUGGGCUUGUUCUCGGCUAAGGAGGAGGAGGACAUGGACAAGACGUUUCUCGUCCUAAUCUAUGGCUCGGAUGGUUACUAUGACGACUCGGACUUCGAAUACGGCGAAGGCGGCGAAGACGGCGCUGAGCAACUCACCUUGCACAACUUGUCCAAAAGCCCCGGUACCUGUUUCUACGAGGAGUUCUUCGUCGAGAGAGAAUCAACGCGGGUCUUCGGGGCAUGCUAG